AUGACAGCCCGUGAGGAGACUGUACAAAUUAAAGGAGUUGUGAAGGAUAUUUUGACACAAGAAAGUAUGGAGGGCUUUCUUCAAACUAUCCUAGACCGCCAAAUCGAGGCGCUCAAAGCGGCGCCCGACGACCGCUGUUUUAUUGAAGUAGAUUCUAGCGAGCACACGGACCGCCCCGUGUUUCUCGGCCUAAGACGCAUAGACCAGCUUGCUCCAGACGUCAUCUUGAGCCAGGUCAUGCGCACCUUAAACUCAAACCAAGAUUUUCUUGUGGACGGGCGGCUGCGGUUCAAGAUGCUCCACAUCCCUGUGACCCGCCCCGGCGGUAGGCCCGAUAGGAGGCCGUGUGAGACGGUCGAGGCAUGGCUGCACCGUUACGGCCCCAAGUCAGGUGCUAUUUUCACCCCGAAAAAUAACGAUAACAUGUGUCUAGCGCGCUGUCUCGUCAUUGGUACCAUGUACAAAAAUAUUUCCCACGCUCUGCUGUGUCACCACAAGAAACCUGCCUCUACGCUCCAAACAAGCAAGGCUUUGGAGCUGUGUGCUGAGGCUGGUGUGGACCCCCAAAUCCCUUGUGGUAUGGGUGAGGUAGAGAAAUUCCAAAAAGUGUUGGAAAAUUACCGCCUCGUUGUCUUUUUAGACAGGCGCGGUAAAGAGAGGGCUUACACAGGGCCCCAGUCUACUGUGGAGCAGCCCCGUAGAAAUCUGUGUUUAUUUCUACAUGAGGGGCACUUCCACGCCAUUCUUAAACCGGCGACGGCGUUUGGGUGGGUGUACUUUUGUGAAGACUGUCUUUGUGGGUACAGCAACAAAGAUUCCCACCACUGCCCUGGCUCCUGUUGGCGGUGCGGUGGGCCUGAGGACCACCCCCUUGACGGGGGUAAAUACAUAGAUUGCAACCUCUGCAAUCGUUUCUUUGCUUCUCAGGAGUGUUUUGAUUUCCAUAAGACCACCAAGAUCCACGCCCACGGCGCUACUACCUGCCUUGUAAAAAAGUUUUGUAAGACGUGUAACAGUGUAUAUAGUUUGAAUGGUCGUGGCAAGAGGAAACGUACACAACAUGUGUGUAACUCCUAUUAUUGUAAAUAUUGUAAGGAUAUUGUUGUCGAGUUUCCUAACAAACCCCACAGGUGCUACAUUCUCCCUUGGGAGGAGCAACCCCUGUGUGAAAAAACUGAUUACCUGAGAGUCUACGCAGAUUGCGAAACGACUCAAUUUGAGGUCUACCAAGACAAAAAUAAUUGGUUUGAACAUAAAGUAAAUUAUCUUGUGUGUCAAGUAGUGUGUGAACUUUGUGAGAAAGACGAAGGUGACUUCAUCACCUGUCCUAAUCACGGUGAGCGCACAAAAGUAUUUCAUGCACUUGACAAUAUUGACAAAAAUCCCGUCACGGAUUUUUUAAAUUUCUUAGAGGAAUUAUCGUCUCAACAGCCUGCUUUCGAGGAGAAGACUAAAAGGCAUAUCGCCAUUUGGUCCCACAAUGCCUCAGGCUUUGACAACCAUCUGUACCUCCAAGAGAUGGCCGCCCGUGGCAAAAUACCCACUUUGAUCUGUAAAGGGCUGAGAAUUUUGGGUAUGAACUACGGCUCCUGGGUGUUCAAGGACUCUUGCCUCUUUCUCGGCACCAAGCUGAGCAACCUGCCUGGCUGCUUCGGUAUCGAAGGAGUGAAAAAAUUUGAUUUUCCUUACAUGUUUAACCGACCUGAACAUUAUUCUUACGUGGGUCCUAUGCCCGCUAAAGAGUUCUACAGCAUCGGUAAGAUGUCUGUUAAAGAUGCCGAAACAUUUGAGCGGUGGCAUACCGAACAGCUCCAAGCCGGUGUCAUUUUUUAUUUUAGAGAGGAAAUUAAAGAGUACACGAUAAAUGACGUCAGAAUUUUACGGUUGGCUUGCGAAAAGUUUCGCACUGAUUUCAUUCAAGAGGCAGGCUUUGACUGCCUGCACCACUGUCUCACUUUGAGCAGUACUACAUUCUGCAUUUUCAGGCGUGACUUUAUGCGCCCUCAUACCAUGGGUAUCAUACCGCGCCCUGGUUUUUACAGAGGGCUGGAUACCUGCUCCCUAAAGGCCCUGCGCUGGUUGGCGUUUGAAAACUCUAGGCUGCAGCCACCCUCCCAGAUUCAACACGCCGGCAACGGCCGUGAGGUGCGCCUCCUGGGCACCUACAAGGUGGAUGGGUACGCCGAGAUCAAUGGAGAGAAAAUAGUUUUUGAUUUUCUUGGGUGCUGGCAUCACUCGCACCCGCCGGACCAGUGCCUUACCUUCAAAAGUGUCACUCGCGAGGUGCGCGACAAGAGGGCCGAGGCCACCCGCAAGGAGCGUUACUUACGGACCAUGCGGAUCCAUGACACUCUCAGGCGGUCUGGCUACAAGAUCAAAAUGAUCUGGGAGUGCCAGUUUGACAGUGAGGAAAAAUACAACCCUCACAUGAUAGACUUCUUUAAAGAGAACAAGUGUGAGCCUCCCGCCGUCCUCAACGAGCGGGAUGGGCUGUACGGCGGCCGCACGGGCGCCUUCAAGGCCUACUACAAGUGCGACCUGGAGGCCGGCGAGCGAAUAAAUUAUUAUGACGUGCAGAGUCUCUAUCCUGCCGUCCUCUGCAUGAAAAAGUAUGUGAUAGGUCACCCUGAGGUCUUUGUUGGGGAGGACCCCGCUGCACCCUCUCUGGACCAGACGGAGGGCUACAUCUCCUGCACGGUGCUCCCCCCGCGGGACCUGCUGCUCCCCCUCCUCCCCUGGCGCUCCCCCAACGGCCGCCUAUUGUUCGUCCUCUGCCGCACAUGCGGCGAGCAGGAGAACCAGGGGCCCUGCACUCACAACCUGGACGAGGAGAGGUGUCUAAGGGGAGUGUGGCCCGUGCCCGAGGUGCGUAAGGCCCUACAGCUCGGGUACCUGAUCCUCAAGACUGAGGAGGUCUGGCACUACCCGAACACCAUGCAGUACAAUGUACAGACCGGAGAGGAGGGGCUGUUCAGUAAGUUCAUUACGCACUGGAUGCGUAAAAAGAUCGAGGCGAGCGGCUGGCCCUCCCACUGCACCUCGGAUGAGGCCAAGCAGGAGUUUGUUGAUGGCAACAAAAGACUGCUCGGCAUCACCGUAGACCCCACCGCCGUGAAGAAAAAUGCCUCCUUGCGCCAUCUCUAUAAGGGUAUUCUAAACUCUGCCUGGGGCAAGGCGUGCGAGCGUCCUGAGCGCUCCCACAUCGUCAUGGUGCAAAACUACACACAGCUGCUAGAGUUUGUCACGGACGAUACCAUACAGAUCCAGGCCAUCACCCCAAUCAGUGACAGUCUUGUGCAAAUUUCUUACACCCUAGUAGAAGCCUGCCAGGAGUCCUUGCCUACCAACUCUGUUAUCCAUGGGGCGUACACUACUAUGUACGGCCGCCUGGAGCUCUACAAGUACAUGGAGCUGCUGCAGGACAGGCUCUGUUACGAAGAUACCGAUUCUGUGGCGUUCGUGGCACGCCCUGGGUGCCCAGACCCACCCCUAGGCCCCUACCUAGGUCAGCUGACAGACGAGCUGGAAGCGUUCGGCCCGGGUAGUUUUUGCUAUGAGUUUUGCUCGGGCGGGGCUAAGCAAUAUGCAAUGAAAAUUGCAUGCGGAGGUGAUGUGAACAACACAAAGGUGAUCAUCAAGCUGAGGGGUGUCACAAUUAACCAGUCAUGUAGUGACAUUGUGACCUUUGACCGGUUCAAAGACAUGGUGCUGCACGGCAAAGACCCAACACUGAUUAAAAUCCCCUCCCAGAUAGCCAGAGUCAAGGGGUGGAGGCUGGUGACACGGCCUGCCCAAAAGAUCUGGAGACCCUGUCUCACCAAGAGACAACUGGACGAGGGGCGUAAAGACACGCGCCCCUACGGUUAUCAGGAGGUGGACCUCGAUGAGGACGAUGAGGCAACACUACUAGCCUUGAUGGAUUUGGCGGAGCAAUAA